AUGAUUGAGCUUGAGUUGAAAAAAUGGAAAAGAAUUGUAUUAGAAAAGGAUAAAUUUCUCAUUAGUUUUUUAAAUAUUAUUAAGUUUUUUAUUGAAGAUGAUAUUGAAUUGAUAAAUAUAUUUCAAUUAUGAUUAUUCGGAAGGCAAUACCGAGGCCAUAUUUUUACUUCAUAUAAAUCUCAAAAUUCACUUACUUCCCCCUUUGAAGUAAAUUAAACCCAAAUAUUGGGACAAAAUUUAUUUUUUUCAAUUGGAAAAUUUUAUAUGAUUUUUCUAAAAAUAGCUUUGACCUAAUUUAUAGAAUGCAUACUUUUCUAAUAGUUGGAUCCUUGGCUAGUUAAAAUUUUGUAUCAAAAAAAUCAUUCAAUAUAUAUUAUUUUAAUCUUCUUUAAAUUGAAACAGAAUUUUUUGUUCAAUUUGAAAGGCGGUGAGAAAUUAUUAAAUUAAAUUUUUAA